GCAGAUUCCAACCUCCCCAUGUUACAAGUUCCCCCUUUACCUGUCCCCACCAUCCACAAAUGUUAUAAAAACCCACUUCCCUCCAUUCCCUCUCCUUCAAUUACUCAUCAAAUCCCUCAUUACUUCCUUAUCCUCUGAUCAUUGUUUCCUUAUAAUCACAGCUCCUAACCCAUUAGUCCUCUCUUUCUCAUCAACAAAAUACACUUCCCAAAUUAUAAGCACACAAAACAAUCAGGCUACAAAAUGUGCAGCACCAAGGCCAAAGUAACUGUAGGCCUAGAAGCCACAACCACAAUUCCUUGGGCUAGAAUCAAUGGCAGGCCUGUCCUUCAACCAACUUGUAAUAGAGUUCCUAACCUUGUUGAGGGGAGAAAUUCAAUCAAGAAAGUGCCACCAAAGUCACUUUCUCCACCAUCACUUCCACUUCCAACCAAGACUUCAUCUACACCCCCAAUUUCUCCUAAAUCAAAGUCCCCAAGGCCUUCAGCAGUAAAGAGAGGCAAUGAGAGUAAUGUGCUGAACUCAAGUUCUGAAAAGAUUGCAACCCCAAAAAAUUCCACAAGAACCCCAACUCUUGAGAGGAAGAAGUCCAAGAGUUUUAAGGAUACUGCCAUUUCUGCUUCUGCUGAGGCAUCAUUGAGUUACUCUUCCAAUUUGAUCACUGAUGCCCCAGGGAGCAUAGCUGCAGUGAGGAGAGAACACAUGGCACUGCAGCAUGCACAGAGAAAAAUGAAGAUUUCUCAUUAUGGAAGAUCAAAGUCUGCAAAUUUUGAAAGAGUUGUUCCUCUUGAUUCUUCAAUCAAUCUCACAUCAAAGACAAUUGAGGAGGAGAAGAGAUGCAGCUUCAUCACUGCCAAUUCAGAUCCCAUUUAUGUUGCUUAUCAUGAUGAACAAUGGGGAGUUCCAGUCCAUGAUGACAAGAUGUUGUUUGAACUUCUUGUUCUAAGCGGGGCACAGGUUGGAUCUGAUUGGACUUCAAUCUUGAAGAAACGCCAAGAUUUCAGGACUGCGUUUUCAGAAUUUGAUGCAGCAACUGUAGCAAAUUUCACAGAUAAGCAAAUGGUGUCUAUUAGUUUGGAAUAUGGCAUUGAUAUAAGCAGAGUUAGAGGAGUUGUUGAUAAUGCUAACCAAAUUUUAGAGAUUAUCAAGAACUUUGGCUCAUUUGACAAAUACAUAUGGGGUUUUGUGAAUCACAAACCAAUCUCCACUCAAUACAAGUUCAGCCACAAGAUCCCAGUCAAGACAUCAAAAUCAGAGAGCAUAAGCAAAGACAUGAUCAGAAGGGGGUUUAGGUUUGUAGGCCCAACAGUGCUUCAUUCAUUUAUGCAGGCAGCUGGACUCACCAAUGACCAUUUAAUUACAUGCCACAGGCACUCCCAAUGCUCCUUAUUGGCAUGAUCUCACCGCCAUUAAUUUUAACCAAGGAAGAACAAAUUGACCAAGUAACAAAAGUUAUGCAAUGUAGGGUGAAGAUGAAGAGCAUAGAUUAUGUGUAAUAUGCUAACUAUAGUUCACUUUCAGUUAAUCCUUUAUGUAUAAUAUUAGAUUAGAUAGGAGAAAAAAAAAGGUUUUCUAUUUGUGUGACAUGAGUGACAGUUUGAGUUUGGUUUGCAUAGACAAUUGAGGGGAAAAUGAUUAUUAGAGAGAAGAAAAAAGUUUAGGAUUCUAAUUGAUUCUGAAGUGGAAUCAAUUAUUUGAAGAAGCUUAUAUGAAUUGAUUUUGAGAAAAUAGAAGCUGAUCCAAACAUGGUUGUGAAGUGGUGGGAGGCUAUGGGAGGGGGCAGUGACCAUGUGCAUGUGUGCAAGUGUGAGGCAAGGGCAUGUGAGGUGUUCAGUUUGCUUUACAUCGCAUUAUUAUUUGAUUCCAUGUAACAGGCUGUGUGUGUGGGAUACUUGAAAAGGGGAGUGUAGGACCAUGCACCCUCCUUUUCAUUCUGUUGCUUUGUUUAUGGGAUUGUUAUCUUUCCUGUAUUCUCUAACUUUUUGGUUAUGGGGAAUAUUUGGGGUUGGUGUCAAGUUCUUUGAGUGGUUUUCAAUGCAUCUGCCAUGUGCUCCUGUACUACUUGUGAUUAAUACAUGCAUUCAAAAUGUUAACAAGAUAAGUAA